CUGGAUGAAAGCUGGUUCACUAGUUAUCCCUGCACUGAACGCUGCACCUGCAAGGCUAAUAACACCAUUAUAUGCACAUCCUGGGAGUGUGGAGUCCGAGAGGAAUGCAGUAUUCAGGAUGGUGUACUGGGCUGUUAUUCCAAUGGCCAAGCAAUAUGUCAAGUGGCAGGAGAUCCCCAUUAUUUCACUUUUGAUGGAAUGAUGUACACUUUUGUGGGUACAUGCACCUACACCUUGGUUGAGGUUGUCAACACCAACAGUGUCAUUCCUAUAACCAUCCUUGGUAAGAAUGAAGACAGAGGACUAAGAGGGGCCACAUACCUGAAAGAAGUCUACAUAGAUGUGUAUGGUGUACGAAUCACCCUUCAGAAAAGCCAAGGAAUCCUGUUGAACAGUGAAAAAGUCUACACUCCAGUGGAGAACCGUUUGCGAGGUGUGUCCAUUGGAAAUGUUGGCAGAUUUAUAGUAGUGGAAACUGACUUUGGUGUGAUAGUGAAAUACGAUGGCAAUCACCAUCUGGAAAUCACCCUCCCACAGUCUUAUUUCUCAAAGGUACAUGGCAUGUGUGGUAACUUCAAUGAUAAUCGUGAAGAUGAUCUCUCUUUGCCCAAUGGUACACUCGUCAGUGUCACACAGUUUGGAAAUAGCUGGAAAGUAGAGGAAGACAGUGAGGAAGGUUGUUUAUCAGACUUAAGAGAAGAUGAUGGUCCUCCUUGCACUGCUGAGAAUAAACCAGUCAUUGAAAGCCAGUGCAAUGUCCUAAAAUCAGACAAAUUCAAAGCAUGUCAUAAUCUAGUCAAGCCUGAAGACUUCAUACAGAUCUGCAUCUAUGACAUGUGCCAGUAUGACGGCAUGAAGUCCACUCUCUGCGAUAUAGUUCAAGUCUAUGUGGACACCUGCAGGAAUCAUGGAAUCACCAUUAAAUGGAGGAAUAGCACAUUCUGUCCAUUGCCCUGUCCAUCUCACAGCCAUUACACAGACUGUGUCUCCAUCUGCCCAUCAACAUGCAAUGAUAUUUUUGCCUCUUCCCUUUGUGAGAAGACAGAAGAGUGCACGGAGGGCUGUGAGUGUGAUGAUAAUUAUGUGCUCAGUAAUGGCAAGUGUGUACCUCUGAGCAACUGUGGCUGCAGGGAUGAUGAUAACAAUUACUACAGCGCUGGGGAGACCUGGAUAACUCCACACUGCACCAGAAGAUGCCAGUGUCAGAAGAAUGGUGUCAUCACAUGUAAGAGCUAUAGCUGUGAUUCUAAAGAAACCUGCGUGAACAAAAAUGGAAAACACAAGUGCAAUCCAACAGGUUUUGGGAAAUGUCGGAUCAUGGGCGACCCACACUACACCACCUUUGACGGCCUGGUGCACCACUUUCAAGGGAAAUACACAUAUAUUCUGGCUCAGACUAUCCCUGGCCUACCUGAUACUCUGACGCAGUUCAGCAUUGAAGGCAUGAACUAUCCUCUUCCUCGAGGACGACACAUUACUUACCUCAAAGAGAUUCUCGUCAAUGUUUACAAUCACACAGUGCGAUUCAGGCAGAACAAGCAGCUUGUGAGGAUAACAAGAAUUUACCUGGAGACAGAUUUUGGCUUAUACCUGAGCUUUGAUGGCAAUCAAAAUGCAGAUAUAAAGUUGGCCAACACCUACAGAAGCAGAGUAGAAGGCUUGUGUGGUGACUUUGAUGGGAGAUAUAGAAAUGACUUCACGAAUCCAGAUGGUGUUUGGGUGAAGAACGUGAAUGUAUUUGGUGAGAGCUGGAAAGUUCCUCUGAAAAGAACAAUCUCUCGUCUCAGACGAGAUAUCAACUCAAAAGUUGAGUCUGAGGAAGAACCAGAUCCAGGGCUCUUCCAAGGCUGCAAUGAAAAUCAGCUGGGGCAACAAAACAAAACUUCAAGAUGUCAAAUCCUGAUUGACUCAAAUAGUCCUUUCAUAAACUGUCAUUCUGUGGUCUCACCAAAUUUCUAUUUCACGAGCUGCCUGUUUGAUAUGUGUGUGGAAGGAGAUCAGGAUGCUACCUUAUGUCGCAGUCUGGAGGAAUACGUGCUGGCUUGUCAGCAGCAAGGAGUCAGUAUGGAAGGCUGGAGGCAACAGACAGUUUGUGGUGGACCAUGUAUGCCAAACCCUUGUAAGAAUGAUGGAGUUUGCUCUGAAUCUACCAACAACACUUCUCUGCGCUUCUACUGUGAAUGUUCAGAACUGUACACAGGACCAAGCUGUGAGGCUGAAAAGAUAGCUGAAGACCCUCCCACACAGGAUUCUAGGGACCAUACAAUUGCCAUCGUCAUUGGAGUUGUGGCAGGUGUAGUUGUUAUCAUCAUUCUCAUCUCCUCUGCAGUGUACCUGUACAG